AUGGGUAGUGUUAUGGAUAAUCUAGGAUCACCAAGUAGCACAACUUCUGAUGGCUUCACACCUUUUACUCUGGAUCCAUCUCAUCCACUGUAUGUGCACCCUUCUGAUAGUCCUGGUAGUCAAUUAGUGGUUGUACCUUUCAAUGGGUGUGGUUUUGUGCUCUGGAGAAGCAGUAUGCUUACUUCUCUGUCUGCAAAGAACAAAUUAGGGCUUUUAGAUGGUAGAGUUCCCCAACCUACACCAGACUCCCCCUAUUAUCCGUAUUGGGAGAGGUGCAAUGACAUGGUUAAGGCAAAGAUCACUAAUUCUGUGUCUAGGGACAUUGCAACUAGUGUCAUGUAUCUUAAAACUACAAGGGAAGUCUGGAAAGACAUUAAUGAUAGAUUUGGUCAAUCAAAUGGUUCCAAGUAUCUUCAAAUUCAAAGAGAAAUCAGCACAACCACUCAAGGCUCUUCUGAUAUUGCCACAUAUUUCACAAAGUUCAGGAGUUUAUGGGAUGAAUUAAACUCUUCUUAUGUGGGUCCUGUCUGCUCUUGUGGAGCCCUUCCAAAGUUCAUAGAGGAUCAGCAGUUAUUUCAGUUCCUCAAUGGUUUGAACGAGUCAUACUCUACUCUGAAGAGUGCCAUUAUGAUGAUGAACCCUCUUCCUCCAAUAAGCAAGGCUUAUUCCCUGUUGCAACAAGAUGAGAGUCAAAAGGAAGCUCUCUCCAGUGUUUCUAACUUCUCUGGUGACUCUGCCUCCUUUUCUGUGUCAACUGGUCAAUCAACCAAUAAUAAAAAUUUCACUCAAAGGGUAAAUUUUGAAUCCAGAAAGAAUGUCAGUGGUCUAUCUUGCAAAUAUUGCAAGAAACUUGGACACACAGUGGAAAAGUGUUACAGACUUCAUGGGUUUCCCCCUGAGUUCAAGUUCACAAAGAACAAGAAAUCUGCAUCAUGUGUCCAAGGUGAUACUUCUCCUGUUAUCAGUCAGACUCCAGGGAUUUCUUCUCCAAUUCAUGGGUUUACCAGAGAACAAUACCAGCACCUCCUGACUAUGUUUCAACAAGUUCAAGUCUCUCUUGGUCCUGUUUCCAACACUCCUUCCAUUGAGGACUCUGGUUUUGCUCAUUUUGCAGGUUUGUUUACUGCUUAUGCUGUAGAAUCUGUAGACUCUCAUGUAUGUGCAUCCUCACAGGCUAAUGUGGAUCCUUGGAUCUUAGAUUCAGGGGCCACUAAUCACAUGACUCCACACAAACACUUACUUCAUGAUAUUGUACCUUUAGUUAGACCUUUUCUUGUUACCUUACCAAAUGGUUAUAAAGUAAAGGUUAUAUCAACUGGGUCCUUGCACCUGAGACAUGAUAUAACUCUUCUCAAUGUUCUUCUUGGCCCUUCUCUGAAGAGGCCACUGGUAAUUGGUAAGGCUGCUGGAAAACUCUACUAUCUACAUCCAGAUGCAGAUUUGUUUCCCAUUUCAGCUCAUGUUUUGUCUCCCAAUGCUACUACAUCUUGUAUAGAUUCUAGUCUUACUCUAGUUCACAUUGAUAUUUGGGGUCCUUAUAACACUAAAACUUAUAAUGGCUUCAGGAUGCCUUCACCUCUUCUGCUCAAAGUUUCUCCUUAUGAAAAGUUGCAUGGGUGUCCACCAUCUUAUGAUCACUUGAGGUCUUUUGGUUGUAUGUGCUUUGCAACUUCCCCUAAAUUUGGUAGGAAUAAAUUUCAAUCUAGAACUAUACCUUCUAUAUUUCUGGGUUAUCCUUGUGGUAAGAAAGGUUACAAAUUGUUGAAUAUGUCCAAUUCUUCAGUGUUCUACUCUAGGGAUGUCAUAUUCCAUGAACACAUCUUUCCCUAUUCUUCCUCUUCCUCCCCUUCUCUUUCUUCUAUUUUCCCUUCACCAUUUGUGGACAUCUCAUCUUCAGAACCUCUUAUCUCUUCUCACCCUGCUCCUUCUUCUAUUGUUCCUCCUCCUGUUAUCACCCCUGUUUCAACAAAGGCUACCUCUCCUGUCAUUGAUCCACCUGAACCCAUUCCUGAACCUAUUCCUCCAUAUGCUACCCCCCCUUUAAGGAAAUCCUCCAGAACUAUCACUCAGCCUGCCUACCUCAAAGACUAUGUCUGUUCUUCUGUCACCUCCAAUCUUUCCUCCUCUACUAUUUCUCUAGUUUUGCCUAGUGAAGCACACAUGCAUGAACCUCAGUUCUACCAGCAGGCUGCCUCUCAUCCUGCUUGGCAGGAGGCUAUGAUAAAGGAAUUCAAUGCUCUUGAAGCAAAUCAGACUUGGGACAUUGUUCCCCUUCCUCCUCAUAAAAAGGCUAUUCCUUGUAAGUGA